AUGCGCAUGCGUCAGCUCAAAUCUAUCAUCGAAAAGCAGAGACGGGAUUCUGGUUUCCGUCUACAUCCCACGUAUCAGAGCAAGGAUAGCGUAGCAUUCUUCCACUUCAGAGCCAUCAAUUCGGCGGACGGCGUCGCAGCAAGGGUCUGGACGUUUGACGACCCAGCCGGUAAUGUGCGUUCUGACGAGAGAGUCGUCAACCAGCAAAGACGAGAUGCACCCGAGACACACUAUGCAAACAUUUCAAGCAAUUUGUUUGGCUCGAGACAAGGACUGGACAUGGAUCGUAUCCAAGAGCUGAUUGACGCCGGUCUUGGUAGCCAGUACAUCGUCCCAGCAAAUGACUCCGACGGUUACGACUCGUGGUCCGAUGCGGAUCUGACCGGCACGACGAUCCCAAUGUCUCACAUGAACUCCACUCGCUGGAUGGAUGAGGAGGACGAUGACGAUGACGACAUCUUCGACGAGCAUUACGAUAUCGAUGAAGAGAGUGAGAUGGAACGACUUGAAUCUCGUGAAGAGUCUACAAAUGUUCAAACUGAGCCCCGCAACGAACAGGUGUCUCCAUCGUACCCCAUAGUCGCACGACAAUCUGACACUAGAACCAUCUCCGGAUCUGAUGUCACUCCCCUCUUGACCAACGCCUCACUGUCCGACCUGGAAAAAGCGCGAAUCAUCGUUGAGAAGGCUAUCGCGGAGUCUUCCAAGCUCAACCAAGCCCGAUUGUUGAACCCUAUGCGAAACAACUAUGGGCUGAAGCCUGGCACUUUCACCGGGCAGUCAAAGGCCAAGCGUCAUCUACGUGUAAGAGAAGACGGCACACCGGUUCCACCCCUCCUGAACAUUACCGACAGCAUCGCGAAUGCUGCAGCUCUAGUCGCUGAAGCUGAUGCAGUUGGCAUACCCGGAAAUUUGACAAAGCGCGCUGUGCCUGCCAAGGGCACCUACUGGAUGGGCAGUAUCGCCAGGAAGGGUACGGUACCAUGGGGCGAUAACGCGACAUACGCAGUAUUCCGGAAUGUGCUCGACUAUGGUGCAGUUGGUAACGGUAUUACAGACGACACCAAAGCGUUUAAAGCCGCCAUGCUAGACGGUAAACGUUGCGGCAAGGGCUGCAACGGCUCUACACUCAAGAAUGCCAUCGUGUAUAUACCGCCAGGCACGUACCUGAUCUCGACUACCAUUCCGAUGCCAUUUGGGACGCAAGUAAUUGGAGAUGCAAACGAUAGACCGACCGUUCUGGCAUCCAAGUCGUUCAUCGGUAUGGGAGUGUUGUCGACAGACGAGUACACUGGUGGAGGGACUGGCGCGGACGGUCUAGAUGAGGAGUACUACAUCAACACGGCAAACUUCUACCGGCAAAUUCGCAAUGUGAUUAUCGACGUUAGACAGACCCGUGCUUCACAGAAGGUCUCCUGUUUGCAUUACCAGGUUGCUCAGGCCACGAGCACCCAGAAUGUACUCCUGAUCGCCGGCCCGACACAGAAUGGCAUGUACGCUGAGAAUGGCAGCGGUGGGCAGAUAUCAGAUAUAACCUUCCAAGGUGGAGCUAUUGGUCUAUAUGGUGGCAGCCAGCAGUUCACAGCGCAGCGCUUGAAGUUCGAGGGCUGCACGAUCGGUGUCCAUCUCAUCUGGGAUUGGGGUUGGGUCUGGAAGUCCAUUACCAUGAACAACGUCGGUACAGGUUUCAAGCUUGUACCCGACAGUACUUCUGGUGCAGCGGCGGGCAACAUUGGCUCAGCGUCUUUCCUCGACUCAUCUUUCAACAAUGUUAAGACAGUGGUACAAAUUUCACCUCCCACUUCGACGGUCGGGUCAGGCAGUACCGGUCUCAUCCUCGAAAAUAUCAAGCUUUCAGGCGUGGGUACUACCGUCGCCGAUACAGGAGGAAAGACAAUAUUGGCCGGGUCCUCAUCCAAGAUCGACGAAUGGGCCAUGGGCCCAGUCUACAAAGGCUCGGCUGAUAAGAAAGACCGCAAGUUCACCACGGGAGAGAAGGUCGGAAGUUUCCGUCGUCAUUCAACACUUGUCGAUAACGAUGGGGCGUACUUUGAGCGUCCCAAGCCUCAGUACGAAGACCGUUCAGUGGGCGACUUCGUGCACAUCAAGGACCUUGGAGCCAAAGGCGACGGUAUCACUGACGACACGGCGGCGUUCCAAGCUGCACUGUAUGCGAGUCUGGGAAGAAUACUUUUCGUAGAUGCUGGCUCUUACAUACUCACUUCGACAGUGACGGUUCCCAGUGGCUCCAAGAUUGUUGGCGAAACAUGGUCUCAGUUGGUUGCUUCCGGGUCUUAUUUCGAAGAUGCGCUCCAUCCCAAGGUGCUGCUCAAGGUCGGUACCAACGGCCAAGUAGGAGAUGUAGAGAUGCAGGACCUGUUCUUCACCACAGUCGGGGCAACGGCUGGAGCCAUCCUGGUCGAGUGGAAUCUGAAAGCAUCGAGCGCUGGAUCGGCUGCGCUAUGGGAUUGCCACGCACGUGUUGGAGGCGCCACCGGGACCAAGUUGACGCCAAAGGAAUGCCCACCAGUCACCAGUGGUGUUGAUCAAGGCUGCAGUGCCGCGAGCUUGAUGUUUCACCUGACGUCGUCUGGCUCCGCGUAUCUCGAAAACGCGUGGUUCUGGGUCGCAGAUCACAUGAUUGAGUAA